UAUAAUUCGUCAUUCUUUUUAGAUGGAGCGUUGUCAGGCAGUUUAUCUAUCAGCCGAAUUUUUCCCGACAGUUUUUUAAUUCUAUUUCAAUAAAUCAGUUAAGUUAAUCCAUAAAACGUUAAACGUUGGAUCUCUGCCAGGGAAUAAGCGGUAAACGUUACAUUAACUGCAAACAUGUAACGACUGUUGUUCUGGAAGGCAUUAGUCGCCUGGAAACAAAACUAACUGGUCUGUUUUUUUUGCUGCUAAACUGAUUAAUUGCAGGGAUAAAAACGGAUACAGGGACAUUGUGGAGCUGAGUUUCAUAUUGAGUUUCAUUGUUCACAUAGUCCGUCCCACCAGUGUCUUCUAGCUCUGACUGGUGUUUGAUAUUAAUUGAUUUCUUCGUGUCAAUCUGUAUUGAUCAACGUACGGAGGAGCGGUUUGAAUCCAGCCUGGUUUAACUGUUGACAAGCUAGCCGCACUUUGUUGCGGCUGUGGUUGUUUUACAAAUAAAAAAACCAGUGAACGCCAAGGAGUACGUUCAAUGAUUUGAUGACCAUGAGACGGAGCCCAAGGAGACCCCUGAUCCUCAGAAGAAGAAAGUUGCCUUUUCAGCAAAAUGACCCCCCAGCAGCUGAAUCGCCAAGCCAAGCCGAUGCGUCGGGCAUCAAAGAACCUUCGAAACCAGCUUCCAGUCAGAGCUUCCCCGAUGGGAUCCGCAUUAUGGAUCACCCUUCCAUGUCCGACACACAGGUGGUUGUCAUCCCCAAAACAGCAGACCUUCAAAGUGUCAUCGGGGCCCUCACCGCCAAAGGCAAAGAGUGUGGAGCCCAGGGGCCGAACAAGUUCAUCCUUCUGAGUGAGAACAGCAGCCGUGACACUGGAUCUGCUGCAAAGGAGGAAGAAGUCUCGACAGAUGGAGAACCAGUGAAAGCAGAGACGACGCAGCACGGCUCCCCAGAUGCUAAACCUCUCACUGCUAUCAAAGCAUUGAAUAAGGAACUGGAGUGUGGUCCUUUAGAUGACAGCCUCACCAAUAUUCAGUGGCUGGGCAGGAUGAACACAUGUGCCUUCGAAGCAGAUCCUGCCAAGCAGAUGGCCAACAAGGAGAACCAGAACCCACAGACUUUUCAGGCCCAAACUGCACAAAUCGACACAGAGGCUGUUCAGCAACCCAUGUCAGAGAGGCCACCGUACUCCUACAUGGCCAUGAUCCAGUUUGCGAUCAAUAGUCGGAAGAGUAGGAGGAUGACGCUGAAAGAGAUUUACAUGUGGAUCGAAGACCACUUCCCAUACUUCAAAGAGGUGGCCAAACCAGGAUGGAAGAAUUCCAUCCGCCAUAACCUCUCUCUGCACGACAUGUUCAUCCGGGAGACGUCACCAGAUGGUAAAGUUUCUUUCUGGACGAUCCGGCCCGAGGCCAACCGAUGCCUCACUCUGGAUCAGGUGUACAAGCCUGGUUGUGACCCAGCGACCACUCCCGUUCCUGUGCCGAUGCUUUUAUUACGCCAGCAACAACAAAAGAGGAUGCUUCCUGAUGCAAGAAAGACUCCAACUAGUUCUGAGAGAAGGAUGAAGCCUCUUCUCCCUCGAACCGACUCCUACCUGGUCCCCAUCCAGCUCCCCGUCGCCUCCUCGGUCUACCUGCCGUCCUCAGCGGCCCAGUUCCCCCCGUCUGGCACGCAGCAGAAACUGAACACUUCACGGGGAGCCAAGAGAGUCCGGAUAGCUCCUAAGGUGACACAAAGUGACGCCCCAGCUGUGGUAAUGUACCCUCAGAAGAGCAAAGACAUCAAGGUGGAGGUGAAGGAGGAGCAAAUAUGCGUUCCAAUUAAACCCGAGACCCCUAAAGCUCCUCCGAGGAGACAAGCCAGCAGCUCUCGCCGCAAACAGCGCCUGGUCCACUCCGUGCACGAGGAGCCCGUCCUCCUCUGCCCCGACAACACUUUCUUCGACUCCGGCGUGGUCUCCGACGCCUCAACGUUCCAGGAGGUGCGAGACACGGAGCUGGACGAGCACCAGCAGGAGCAGCACAGCCCCAGCCGGGACUUCUCCUUCAAGACUCCCAUAAAAAGCAGCAGCAGCCACGUGACCUCCUCCACGCCCAGCAAGCCUCCUUCUCACGUGGCGCCCGAGCCGUGGAAGGUGACCCCGGUGGGUAAAGGGGGCCAGGACGUUCUGGGUUUCAGCCCAAUCCGCACGCCGGGCGGCCCCGCGGUCACGCCGCGCCACGACUACAACACCUUCAGCUUCAACAGCACUCCCUUCAAAGACUGGCUCAGCUCCCCCAGGGAGCUGCUCACGGCCGCUCCCCCCAGGGCCGCCGGCCCGACGGACUCUCCCGGCGGCGGCCUACGGAGCGGCUGCUCCAGAGAGCUGCUCCAGGCGGGAGGCGCCGCAACGCCGGCCAACCGAUCCAUCACGGAGGGCCUCGUGCUGGACACGCUGAACGACAGCCUGAGCAAGAUACUAGUGGACAUUAGCUUCUCGGGUCUGGACGACGAGGACCUGGGCAUGGCCAAUAUCAGCUGGUCCGAGUUCUUCCCGCAGUUUAAGUAGCACGAGGGCCAAAAAACGUGACAUUUUCCAAAACACUAGAGGAGAAAAUGGGAAUAAGUAAAAGGAAAAUGCAAUGACAGGGACACUUUAAUUUAGGUCAAAUUUGCAAGCUGCUCACUUGUGGUCCCUCACAUAAGAUCUUCCUCUCCAGCUUUUUUUUAUUGGUUCCAUCACUCAUCAACUGCUUUGUCUUUUUUUGUCUUAUUUCUAUCUGUUAAAACUAUUCACUGGUAUUUUUUUCCUUGAUCAUUUAUCCAUAUGUGUCUGUAGUCCUACAGAGAAAUUUGUCUGUAUGUAUGUACAUAUACACUUAUGUAUGUUGAUUUGCACAUUUUAAUAUAUAAUUUAGCUUUUUGCAUAUGUAAAUGAAAAGACAAUAUAUUGCCUGAUAAGCAAGAGAUGCUUCUGCGCCGUUUCGGUUCAGACCGCCUCCUGGAAUUGACUCUUAGAUUGUGAGAUUGUUAGCAAUAAACAAUGGGGAAAAAAAGUAAUAACGAGUAGCACUAACAGCAAUAGGAUUGUCUCUGUACAUUAAUCGUAGAACUGUCUUCGCCACUUGAUCGUUCCUCAGCACGCCAUCAGUAGACUCCUGCAGAGAGGGACGUUUUAAAUGCAGUCAACACCGUAUUUUAAGGUCGUCUUUGGGAGCAUAAACUGAAUAUUUUGUAUCUAUCUAGCACAGAUUUAUAGUUUUCAGUAAAAGAUGCAAAUGUAUUCUCUGUAAGCACAAAAAGUGUUUGAUUCCAGUUUUUGUAGCACCAUAUUCAGAGGGCCGAAUGGGAGAUAUUCCUAUUUUUGAGAAUGCCACAGAAUAAUGUAUGGCUUUAAUAAUUCCUUCAGGUUUCUUAGCAUGUGUGUUUAUAUGGGAAAUGUUUUUGCAUUGCAGUGUGUUGCGCUGAAUGGCAUGAAAGAGUGAAAUGUUGUGGUUUCUAGCAAACAGUUUUCAAAGCAUGCGCCUUGUUCUGUUUUCUGGAGUUGGUGUUUCUAUAACUGUACAACAAAUGUGCUGUUGUUGGUGCCUCAGACAGAAGGAAGGACUUUGAUUCAUUCAGGUUUUAUGGAUCACAAGUAUGCUUUUAUUUGCCUUUGCUCUGCUCCAAAAAUCGAAAUUUUACAUUAAUUACAACACAGUAAUGUAGGAAAAUAUGUACGUUGUAUCGUAUCUGAAAAACUACAUGAGGUUACCUAUUUUUAUUCAUAUUUCAAUAAAAGUUAAAAACAUUU